AUGACGGACCCCUCCGCCCUCCGGCGACACUUGCAAGAUCCGAAGACUAGCGGCGUACAUAUACACUCCCGCAAGUUCAUGAUCGACAUGAUAUGCGGCACCAGCACAACUCUGCAGCCCGGAGGCUACAACGAGUCGGCCUUCGCAUACCGAUAUGCCACCGGCGCUUCCGGUAUCACCAUCGGGCAUGUGCCGGACCACAUCAGGAUGAGCACCUUGGGAAUUGCCGGCCACCACAUGUUUGAGAACUAUGACCCCGUCGUUCAGGAGGCGAGCCCGGUACGACAGCAGAGAAUCCCCAUAACAAGCCGGGCCGGGUCGCAGACCAAGACUACGCGAAUACUAUUCGGUCACGGCAAAGCGGGGGGCAUCAACUGGAACGGCGUCAGGAGCCUCAUCGCGGCUCCCGGGUUCGAGGUGCGCAAGGAGCGAUACUCGAGCCACAUGAUUGCGUUGACCGAAAAGGUCCGGGCUCCGCGACUGCCUGUGUCGAAGCCGAGUACCUGCAUCCACCCUCCCCACCCGCAAACCACCGGGAUCUCGGAAGACACUGGUGCUCGUGGCGACAGCAGCUUGACGCGUUCUUCAACGUCGACAAGGUCAAGAUCGGGGCGUACGACCAAUUCGCAGGCGGAGGCUGACAUGAAGGGUAAGAGAUGCAUGCGAUUAUUCGUCCGCAGUUGCGCGUUGUGCGGAUCCGGAUGCCCGGGAUAG